AAGGAAUGUUUGCAGAAGGGUUUUCCUCUACAUAAACAGUACUUAUCCGUCUUCUCUUUCUUUCCUCGCCGGCCGCCGGCAGAAGAAAUACUCGGAGAAUCGAAAUAAUCCGCCGCCGGGAAAGCAAUUACAAUCUGAAACCCACUUCUUUUCUGCAUCUGGAAAGAGGUUUUAGAGAUUCCAGAAAUUUAAUUGCAGCUUAUAUGAAGUCAUCUCAUACAAAUUUGUGCAGUCUUAAACCCUAGUACCCUUACAAAUGACAAACCCAUCUAUCACAACUAGGUUUUGCAGCCUCCGUCACAAGAAGAUGAUGCAUGGCUGUGAAUUUCUCCGACUACACUGGACAUCAUGUGCGUCGUCGAUUCCUCUCAAUUCUCCUCCGCCAUCAUUAAAGUUCACCAACUGCAUCAUCCCUUCCACUACCCAGCAACGUUCAGACGAAUGGUUUGCCCUCCGUAGAGACAAACUAACGACGAGCACGUUCAGCACAGCUCUGGGUCUUUGGAAAGGAGAACGAAGAUACGAGCUUUGGAACGAGAAAGUAUUUCCACCCCAAGUUGUUCAAUCAAUGGACCCUUCAAAAAAGUGUGCUGUAGAAUGGGGUACUCUAAAUGAAUCAGCAGCUAUAGAAAGGUACAAGAACAUAACUGGUCGAGAUGUUACCUCACUGGGAUUCGCUAUCCAUUCGUCGGAGCAGCUCGACUGGCUUGGUGCGUCGCCGGAUGGUCUUCUCGGUUGUUUUCCAGAAGGAGGGAUUCUUGAAGUGAAAUGCCCAUUUAAUAAAGGUAAAACUGAGGCUGCUCGUCCAUGGAAGACUAUACCAUUCUAUUAUAUGCCACAGGUACAAGGUCAAAUGGAGAUAAUGGAUAGAGAUUGGGUUGAUGUUUAUUGUUGGACAUUAAAUGGUAGCACUAUAUUUAGGGUUUGUAGAGAAAGAGAUUAUUGGAUAUUGAUGCAAGGGGUUUUGAGAGAGUUUUGGUUUGAAAAUGUUGUUCCUGCUAGAGAAGCUUUGAUGGUUGGAAAAGGGGAGGAAGAAUUGAGUUUGUUUCGACCAUCUUCGACUCAUAGAUUGACUGGUGCUGUAAUCUCGAGGAGUAUUAGAAUGGCCAAAGAGGCCGAAGUUUUGUGUAGAGAAGUUGCUGGUCAGAUAGAGUUUUAUAAGUCAUAAUGUUCUUAAUUUGUUGCUGUUGUAACCUUAUAUUUUUCAAAGGAUGUUUAUUUUUUGAACUAGAAUCUUGGCAUUAUAGUUGAAAUUAUAAUGGGUUUUUUGUUCA